AUGAGCGCCGAUUGCACGAGUUACUUGAACGCUGAAAAGGUGCUGGUGAGCGCUUUUAGCUGCCCUCGGGAGGACAGCGAAGCCAGCGCGGUCUAUUGCUGCGGCUUCCAGGACGUCAAAUACUGUUGCGACGACCCGAACAGCUUCUUCCCCUACGAGCACAGCUACAUGUGGUGGCUCAGCAUUGGAGCGCUUGUUGGCUUGUCAAUCGCAGCAGUGGUCCUGCUGGCUUUUGUCAUCACUGUGUGUGUUCUCUGUUACUUGUUUAUCAGCACGAAGCCAUGCAGCAAACUGGAUACAAGCUUGAGCUUACAGACAGCAGGGCCCCCCUCUGGAAGCACCGGCGCCGGCUUGCGGGGGUAUGCCUCAUGGAAGCUCGAACCAAUGCCGGGGCAUGGACCUGGUCUGCAGGUUCCCAAGAGUUGUCCUCAGGCCCAUAUCCUUUCCAUUCGAUCAAAUAUUGCAGCUGGCCUUGGUGACGGUGGGAGUCAAGGAUUCGGAUGA